ACCGGAUAUCCGGUUCCUCCGGGCACUCGGGGAGCUGACGGACGAGGCCACCGCCCCGCCGUAGACGCUGUAUCAGCCGGAGUAGCUGCCGUUCGCGCGGUGUGUGAGUGAGCCCGGGCCGGGUCGCCUCUCCCGCCGCCACCAUGGGCUGCACGUUGAGCGCCGAGGACAAGGCGGCGGUGGAGCGGAGCAAGAUGAUCGACCGCAAUUUGCGGGUGGACGGGGAGAAAGCGGCCAAAGAAGUGAAGCUGCUGUUGCUCGGUGCUGGAGAAUCUGGUAAAAGUACCAUCGUGAAGCAGAUGAAAAUCAUUCAUGAGGAUGGCUAUUCAGAGGAAGAAUGUAAACAGUAUAAAGUAGUUGUCUACAGCAACACUAUACAGUCCAUCAUUGCAAUCAUAAGAGCUAUGGGACGGUUAAAGAUUGAUUUUGGGGAAGCUGCCAGGGCAGAUGAUGCCCGACAAUUAUUUGUUUUAGCUGGCAGUGCUGAAGAAGGAGUCAUGACUUCAGAACUAGCAGGAGUGAUUAAACGGUUGUGGCGAGAUGCUGGGGUGCAAGCAUGCUUUAGCAGAUCCAGGGAAUAUCAGCUCAAUGACUCUGCUUCAUAUUACCUAAAUGAUUUGGAUAGAAUAUCCCAAACCAACUACAUUCCAACUCAGCAAGAUGUUCUUCGGACAAGAGUGAAGACCACAGGCAUUGUGGAAACGCAUUUCACCUUCAAAGAGCUGUACUUCAAAAUGUUUGAUGUAGGUGGCCAAAGAUCAGAACGAAAAAAAUGGAUUCACUGUUUUGAGGGAGUAACAGCAAUUAUCUUCUGUGUGGCCCUCAGUGAUUAUGACCUUGUCCUGGCAGAGGACGAGGAGAUGAACCGAAUGCAUGAAAGUAUGAAACUGUUUGACAGCAUUUGUAACAACAAAUGGUUUACAGAUACUUCAAUUAUUCUCUUCCUUAACAAGAAAGACCUUUUUGAGGAAAAAAUAAAGAGGAGUCCAUUAACAAUCUGUUAUCCAGAAUACACAGGUUCCAAUACAUAUGAAGAGGCAGCUGCUUACAUUCAGUGCCAGUUUGAAGAUCUGAAUAGAAGAAAAGAUACCAAGGAGAUCUAUACUCACUUCACCUGUGCCACAGACACCAAAAAUGUGCAGUUUGUUUUUGAUGCUGUUACAGAUGUCAUCAUUAAAAACAACUUAAAGGAAUGUGGGCUUUAUUGAAGAAGGUGGCAUUAGUAAAAGUUACUACAAGUGGAGUGUUGAGACCGGAAAUCUUCUGCUGUCUCUUGCGGCAGCUACAAGCAUGACAGGACCAGGGAAUGGCAGCAGCAUGCAGAAUCUUAGCACUCUUUAGCACAAUCUUCUGUAUUAGGGAAUAUUUAAUUGACAUGAGAUGUUCAAGUCAGACAUUGGAGUUGCAACAACUGUAAAGUAUGAAUUGAUCAUCAAGAAAUCACUGGAUUUUUUUAAUCUCAAAUAUUUAGGGCAUAUCUGACGUUGAGGUGCUGCAUUCCAGAACUUAAAUAUGUAGCUGACUUUUUUCUCCUUUUUAACAAACCACCGAUAGUAAAUUUCUAAAGUUGUUCUCAUCAAGAGUUGAGUAACUCUAGUGUAUCCUACUUAUUUGCAAAAGAAUCUUUAUGAAAACAGUCUUAA